CAGCAUACCGUUUUACAUUUUCAAUAUACUUUUUUAUAUUCUCAAUACAAAAAACACUUAAAAACGCACAUUAGAAAAACGAAACAAACAUACCCUUAAUAUGUUCAAAAAACAAAACACAAAAGAGUCUAAUUGUUGUUUUUAAUUGAACCAUUCAGUCAUAAACCUCCAAUAAGAAUUUGACUAGAAGGCGCGAGAAGUAGGUUUACAACUGGGUAUUGGAAAUCCGCGCUUUUCGCGAAGUUACUGCAAUUGAAAACAAAAUAGUACCAGACCACCUUCCAGACAAAAAAAAAAAAAAGGCUCGGGCUGGACUUUCUCCAACAAAGAAGAUCAAUCAAAGCGUGUCUGCCAAAUCUCCUGGUAUAAUAAAUACCCUGCUGCUUCUUGUUGUCUUGCAAUGGUUGUUUUAUUUGACCCCUUAACCCCAAUUACGCUUUGAAGGCGGAAAAGCACCGCCAAUUUGCUGUUAUCUUGCCGGUAGAUUUUCCGCCCACUAAGUGUUUGUCUUUAUUCCCAAACGAAAAGAUUGAUUCAAAAUUUUGUAUUCUUGGGGAUCCCCUUAUGUUUUCUUACCGUGACGUACUCGUAGUUUAUUUGUGUAAUAAUGCAACUCUUUGUGGCAAGCAUUGAUGUUUGAUGCACUGAGUACAUGUAUGGUUUACAAAGUAGUAACCAUAAUGCCCAGAGAUUCUCUUUGAUCGAAAUGGGGACAUUAGAUUCGAUGGAGCUCAGAUUUUUGAUUUUCUUUUAGUCUGUGAUAUCUGAUGAUGCUGAAAUCUUUAUUUAUUUUUAUGCUGUUACUGAGCUUCUCCACUUGAGGAUGGAGGGAAAGAAAUUUGCUAAUAGCUUUAGGGUCCCCUUCUUGAGGCUUUUGGUUAAUGUAGAAGACUAGUUUACUUGUAUUUUUUAGAGGGCUGAGGUUUAUGUCCAUUGACUGUUUCUUUUAUUUCGACAGGAAGUAUUCUCUGAUCAAAUUUGAUUUAUCACUGGACUAGUGUGAAGGAGAUGGUGGACAAUAGUAUGCCUGGAAAGCUCGUAGUUCCAGAAACUAUUCUGCAACCAUUGGUAAAGGCAUCAAACUCAUCUGACUUAGACAAGGGCCUGGAGCAUCUUAUAGAAGUUGCCAAGUCUCCUGAAGGCCGAGCAGACCUUGCUUCUAAGGAUCUGGUCACGUAUGUUCUAAAGCUUUGUCAACUACCCGAUUUUGUCUCCAGCGGUGAUCUUCUUUUCUUGUCUCUGAAGCUUCUUAGAAACCUAUGUGCCGGAGAAUUAAUUAAUCAGAACGCGUUUCUGGAGCAAAAUGGUGUGAAGGUUGUUUCCUCAGUGCUAAGUUGUGUUUCAUUUUCGUCUGAAUUUGGUUACAAGAUCAUUCGUACGUGCUUGCAAGUUUUGGGAAAUUUUUCCUUGGCUGGAGAGGAGCAUCAACUUGCUGUUUGGCGCGAGUUUUUUCCCCUCAGCUUUACCAAGAUAGCUGAAGUUCAAAGAACAGACACCUGUGAUCCUUUAUGUAUGGUUACAUAUGCAUGCUCUGGCGAAAGCAAUGAACUUCUUGAAGAGUUGUGUUCAGUGCGAGGUCUACGCUUAGUAGUAGAAAUUGUGCGCACUGUGUCUGCAGUUGGAUUCAAAGAAGACUGGUUUAAACUAAUUUUGUCUAGAGUUUGCAUUGACAAGUCAUGCUUCACCUCAGUUUUCUCCCAGUUAUAUCCAAUUAGCCAAGUUGAGGAACAUGGCAAUAUUACUUCCAAAGCUGUUGGGUUUUCGGCUGAGCAAUCAUUCCUGAUGGAAGUUCUAUCCAUCAUCUUGAACGAACGGAUACGAGAUAAAGUCAAUUCCACAGAAUUAGCAUUAUGUGUUUUUGAAAUUUUAAGAGCCAGUGUUUCCUUGCUUGGCUCUGUUCCCAGGGGAAGUACGGGUCUCCCCACAGGGAAUACUGAUAUUGAUAUUCUUGGAUAUUCUCUGCUGAUUUUGAGAGAUGUCUGUUCUAAUGAUAAUUUGACUAGUUUGAAGGAACGAGGAUCUGGUGAUGUUGUGGAUUUAUUGGUAUAUGCUGGAUUAAUUGAGUUCCUACUCAAUUUGCUUCGGAAGCUAGAACCUCCCUCAACCAUUAAGAAGGCAAUGAAAGUACAAGAAACUUCAAAUAAGGCAGGUUCUCAACCUUGCCCUUACAAAGGUUUCCGGAAAGACAUUGUUUCCAUCCUUGCCAAUUGUGCAUAUCAGCGCAAGAGUGUUCAAGAUGAAAUCAGGGAGAAGAAUGGGAUUCUUCUGUUGUUACAGCAAUGUAUUCAUGAUGACGACAACCCGUUCUUGAGGGAAUGGGGACUCUGGAGUUUGAGGAACUUACUGGAAGGAAAUUUAGAAAACCAGCAGGUGGUUGCUGGUCUGGAGCUUCAAGGAUCUGUUGAUGUCCCUGAAAUUGCUGAUCUUGGCCUUCGGGUAGAGCUGGAUCCUCAAACCCGGCGUCCGAAACUUAGAAAUGUUUAGCAAAAGGAUCAUAGAGGUAGUUUUUCUUUUCCAUUGAAAAGCUGUUUCAAAUUAUGCCAUUAUUAGGGGAUAGCAAUGAUGCCCUCCAUUUUAUUUUGCCAUUAUUAGGGGAUAGCAAUGAUGUCCUUCAUUUGACCUAGGCAAUUAUCGCCCAUCGGUUUUGUAAUCAUUCUCUUGGCUAUUUGGUUACCCUGAUUGUGUCGAUCUAGAUUUGUAUGCCGUGAGAAAGAGAAAGACAAGAUUAACAAAAGUACGGUAAGUAAGCAGGUUUCCAUUUGAGGAAUCAAAGUAUCUGGAGAUUUUAUUCCAAAUUACUGAAAGUACAUUGGUGGUGGAAAUAAAUGUUAAAAACUUGUCAGACAAGAAAAAAGAUGUCGUUUCCAAACCACACUAUUCUAGAUGUCCCUCUGGUUUAUUCGUAAGGAAAAUGCAUCCUUUUCUUUCCCAUUUAGCUUUGGUGGUCCUUCAAGGCGCCAGCCCGCCAAGAGUGGCUGCAGACAGAAACGAAAGACAGGAAAGCGGUCGUUAUUAAACAAUGUGGGAAAUCGAUUAUACAGAGCAUAUGUCGUUGUUCAUUCAAGAAGAACAGAGGAUCGGACUGAAAAGGAUUUACCUUUGAUCUCGGAGCCGGAACAAUCGGCAUCACACUUCAUCUCGCAGAAAGUGUAGCCAUUGCCCUUUCCGUUCUGGAAGCACUCCUGGUGGCAGGUGUUGUAGCAACUCUUGAACUCAGCCUCUGUCUUGGUGGCUUCAGCCUUGUGGAUGCUCACUGCUGCGAGAACAACCAUGCACAUGAGAAACACUGCGAAAAGCUUGUUGGCCAUUUUCUUGCCUUUGAUGCUUUUUUGUUAGUUUCUCUUUGCGCCUUUUUUUUUUUUUUUUUUUUUGGGUUGUUUUUUUCAGUGUUUCCUGGGACGAAUUUUAAUGGAGGUAAAAGGAUGGUAUUUAUAGGGGCUUAUGCUUACUUUCUUUGGUUGACUAACCUUAAACUACGGAAACUUCCUGGUACUAAUUUCCGUUUUGAGGUUAAAAAUAAGUGGUUUUGCUAAAAGUAGGGGUUAAUGCUUUGAAGAAUUCAAACAAAAUUUUCUUUUAUUCCAUCAAUUAAAGGAGAUGAUGAUUUUCUUUUUAUGGACUUUACUUUUUCCCGAAAUUGUGAUGAGACUGAGGACCAAUACGAUUUUAAUUUUUUUACCGCACAGAAAUGUUCUAACUGUAGGUAAAUACCACACUUUGUCCAUUAGAAGAAUCCUUUGGGGGUAGUGAUGUCAUAGGUAGCAUAUGAAUCCUGAAGUUUGCAUUACAUGGUCAACAAUCUCAAGUCUCCGCU